AUGUCAACACUCAGCCAAAAUUCCGGCUCCAGGUCCGCCGGCGGCAGCGGCAGUCGACCGACAAGCAAAGAUGGCGCAAAGAAGAAUAUCUGGUCUUCGAUGCUGGACAGCGUCGCAAGUGGGAAGCGACUGCCAGAGAAGAAUCUCUUGAUUCUGGGUUUUUUCUCGCUGAUGUAUAUUAUUAUUACUACUUUAGGGGGAACACCGGAUAGUCAGAAAGAAUUUCUCGAGACUCUGUCUUCAGAUCCGUCAAAUCCUCAGCUAUCAAACGAGAAGAGGAAAGGAAGGGUUCCGUCUGUCGCCAACGAAUUUGCAUUGGGCUACACGUAUCAGGAUGUAUUGGAUGCCGAUCAUGAUGAUAUUCUCGCCCGUCUCUCUGCAUAUCUUCUCUCCGAACCCUCACCCUCUUUUGCGCCCCUUAUCAAGCCGCUCCUGACACCCCAGUCGGUGCCUGAAACAUUGAUAGUGAUCCUUUUGGAUUGGUCUAAUCCGUGGACUUGGGUUCGACAGCUGCGAGAAUGGGUCCGUUUGCUGCGCUCGGUGCUGAUCUCGUUGGAUGAUGAGACCAAGCUCGUCAUGGAGGAGAUCAUGACAGAGUGGCGGGAUCGGAAGAGGGGUCUUGACAGCGCUGCGGCUGCUGGAACGACCAGUGCUGGCGGACCAGUCACAAUACCUUUAGGCCCUGGAGAGUGGGAUGAGGGACUGGGAAUCCCGAUGUGUGUCGUUUGCCAAGGGGCAGAUAAAAUAGAGAAACUGGAAAAGGAGCACGGCUGGCGCGAAGAGGAGUUCGACUUCAUCCUCCAGUUCAUGAGAACCAUUCUUCUCAAACACGGCUCGUCACUUAUCUACACCACGCCGUUUUUGGCGAACUCAUUACAGAGCUUGAUACAUUCUUCCCUUGGGAUACAUUCACUCCUCAAAAGACAGUCUCUGCGACACAAUGUGAUUGAUAGAGACAAGAUCCUUGUGCCCGCCAACUGGGACUCGUGGGGUAAAAUCCGUAUCAUUAGGGAAGGCUUCGACAUUGAAGGUGUCGGCACCGCUUGGUCCAUCGAGAUCCAGGAUCCACCCGGAACUCUCGAUGACGCCCCCGUAGAGAACGGAGAUGCCGAGGAUGAGUCAAACAAGGAAGAUGAGGGCAGCAGCGCGGUGGCCAUCUAUGAGCAGACGAUCAAGGAUCCCAAGCGCGAGACUUCUAUUGCUCGUAGCAGCCAAGCUAAUGCGAACAAGAUUGAGAUUGAAGCAGAAGAUAUGCAAACCUUCCUAGCGAGCCAGGCAGAAGUGCUCGAACAGCUGAAGCAGGAUGAUGAGAAAGAUCGUGCAGUUAGGAAAAUACCCAAGCUGGAAAUGUCUGCACUUGAAGAUAAUGGCCGUGUGAACGAACAUAUUGGACCCGUCCAAUUUAACAUGGGAGGUAUCCAAGUGGAUGCUGACGAUAUGCUCAGAAAGCUCAAGGAGAGAGAAGCAAGUCGGGCACAGAAGAAAGAAGUACCCGCGACAUCAGUUGGUGAUGAGAAAGCACACAACCAAGCUCUGGCGAGCUUCUUCGCCGGCCUGGUCAAGAAACCAGGAGGUAGCCCUCGCGGUAGUCCCGCGCCUUGA